UCUGGCGUGCACGCAGAAUCUCCUUUCAAAACCGAUCCCUUGUUCCAUUAUCUCGAUCCUGCCUUUUGCUAGAUUUUUUCCCUAAAAAAAGAAUCAACUUACUAGAUUUUGAACAGGACAUUGAGGAAUUAUUAUUACUCCGAUCUUGCCAUGCAUGGCAUCCUGACUGAAUUCCUGAUGCCUAUGCUGCGAGCAUGCAUGCAUGCAUCAAGAUCAAGCAGAGAUCCUGGCCUGCCUGCCGCCCCUGUAGGUAUAGCUCCAUCUGGUACGUAUACGUAGGUGGGUCUGCGAAGCACGCCUCAACGAUGGCCGCGCAUCUCCAUGCGAUCCUGCGCACGAUGCUCAGGUGCCGCCUGACUCUGCACCCCGGCGGCGUCCCGCACAUGAGGAGGCCCCCUCCUCUCCCCCCUCCUCCUACUCAUCAUGCCAGCUUCUUCAUGCCGGCGCGGGGGCUCGCCGCGAGAGCGAGCAAGAACAAGAUGGACGCCACAGCUGCCAUAGGCGGCACGCCGCUUUCGACGACCCCUGAUGCCGCUGCCCUUGCAGCGAGAGGCGACGGCGACGGCGUCAGCGAUGGGAAGAAGGCCGAGGCCGCGAAGAUGGUGACGACCACGAAGAAGGGCGCGGCGGUGCUGGAUCCGCACAUCCCCGACGACAUAAAGAAGUCCUGGCACGUCCUGCAACUGGAUGAUGAGAUCUAUGACGCAACCUUGAACCAGACCAACGUCGGGGCCAACAACAAUAAGUUCUUCAUCAUCCAAGCUCUAGGUCAAAUUAGGAGCUGA